AUGGAUGCAGGCAAGAAAAACACGACUCUAAGAGAAGGAUUCCUGGUGAAAAGGGGACAUCUUGUACACAACUGGAAGCCGCGCUGGUUCGUGUUGAUGCCAGACAAGCUGCUGUAUUACAAGUAUGAUGGAGGCAAAAGAGACUCGUGUCAGCGAGGGAAAGUCCUCCUGAAGGACUGUGAGAUAACUUGUCCUUUUCUUGAGUAUGAAAAUCGACCGCUGGUGUUUAAGCUCCAGACUAAGAACGGGGCGGAUCAUUUCUUGGAGGCUUGUUCCCGGGACGAGAGAGAUGACUGGGCGGGUGACAUCACCGCUGCGGUCGACAAGCUGCGGGCGCCUGAAGGUGUGAAGGUGGCAAACCAGCAAGAAGCUGCAGGAUCCCAACUGCGUGACAUCAAUCUGAGCAAAGUGUUGGACUCCAUGUACGACGUCCACAGCGGGAUCAAGAUGAGCAGCCAUGUGGAGCAUGGCAGCACUUACAGCAACUGUUUCUCAGGUUCAGCGGUGGUGGACUGGAUGGUGUUCAUGCAGCUGGUUCUGACCCGGACGGAGGCCAUGACGCUGGCCUCCGUCCUGCAGGAGGAGGGCUUCCUGCGGACCGUCGGCCUGAAGAGUGUGGAGGCUCUCCGCACCGCCGGCCCCAGCGAGCAGUUCAUGGACGACUCCACCGCCCUGUACAGCUUUUCGGACAGCUUGAAGAAGAGAGGCAGCGUGAAGGCCGAGACGUCGCUGUCUGCAGUGGAGCUCAGUGGGAAAGUGAUCAAGAGAGGAUAUCUGCUCAAACAGGGACACCGGAGGAAGAACUGGAAGGUGCGACUGUUUGUGCUGCGCUCUGAGCCGGCUUACCUUCACUACUAUGAUCCCACCCGGGAUGACAUCAGCCCCGCCGGCGGCUUCCCGCUGCGAGCCUGUCUCGUGUCCUCUCUGGGCGAUAACGGAGUUCCCUCAGGUGUGAAAGGAAACAUUCAGGGGAACUUGUUUAAGAUCAUCACUCAGUCAGACACACAUUACUUCAUCCAGGCGCCGACGCAGCAGCAGAAGAUGGACUGGAUCGAUGCCAUCAGGCAGCAGACAUAGAGCAGACAAACGUCACUUUGUACUACUUUAGGUCAUUUAUGCAGCUAUGAAGAAGAAAGAUUUACACAUUCCAUGAAUGUAUCCUGUAGCAACAACUGGGAACAUGCAAUUUAACUGAAAGUGUCACAAAACAUUUCUCUCUAAAACGCUUUCAGUUUGAUUAUUCUGUAGUUUUGUGCAAAGAGGAUUUUAAAAGCCCAACAGUCGUAGCAAUGGCUUUGUUAUAAUUCAGG